CCAUCUCUCUGAAUGGAAACUCAUGCACGGCUCCUGCACCCAGAAGGGAGCCUGACAUCUGUCUCCAAUUUCUUCUUCUUGUUCUUAUUCUUCUUCUUCUUCUCUCCUUAGGCGGUUUCUUGCCGACGGAUCAUAGCCCCCGCGCUCGGUUUUUCUCGCAACCCCCUCCCGCUCCGGCCGCCUUUAUAAAGAGAGCAGAGCGCUCUCUCGGUCUUUCUCUCGGCGGUGGACUGCCGCCGGGCGAGCUAUUUGCCGGAACUGCUAGAGUUGGGAUUUGGGGCCGCGUGUCGCGCUGGCGAGGGGAAUGGCGUCGGUGGCGGAGGUGCCGCUUCCCUACAAGGCGGUCGGAGAGGGGGACAGCGUGCCGGAGCCGGACGACGCGGUGGUGUUCGUUGGGGUCUCCUUGGUGCUCGGGAUCGCUUCGAGGCAUCUCCUUCGUGGCACCAGAGUUCCUUACACCGUCGCCCUUCUCGUUCUUGGCAUCGGUCUCGGAUCUCUCGAAUAUGGGACAAACGAUGGAUUAGGAAAACUGGGAGCUGGCAUUCGCCUAUGGGCAAAUAUUGAUCCUGUUCUUCUAUUAUCUGUCUUUCUUCCUGCUCUUCUUUUUGAGAGCUCCUUUGCCAUGGAAGUGCACCAAAUAAAGAGAUGCAUGGCACAAAUGCUACUACUUGCUGGACCUGGUGUGCUCAUAUCGACCUUUUGCCUUGGAACUUUAAUUAAGAUCACUUUUCCAUAUCACUGGAAUUGGAAGACAUCGUUGUUGCUGGGAGGGCUUCUUAGUGCUACAGAUCCUGUUGCUGUUGUGGCUUUACUGAAAGAACUUGGAGCAAGUAAAAAGCUGAGCACAAUAAUUGAAGGAGAAUCCUUAAUGAAUGAUGGAACUGCGAUUGUUGUAUUUCAGCUGUUCUACCGAAUGGUCCUUGGCCAGACCUUCAAUGUGGGAGACAUCAUAAAAUUCUUAUCACAAGUUUCACUUGGAGCAGUAGCUAUGGGUCUAGCUUUCGGAGUAGCAUCUGUACUGUGGCUGGGCUUUAUUUUCAAUGACACAGUUAUAGAGAUUACAUUGACUCUUGCUGUCAGCUACCUUGCUUUCUUCACUGCUCAAGAUGGGGCAGAUGUUUCAGGUGUCUUGACAGUAAUGACUCUAGGAAUGUUCUAUGCAGCUGUUGCAAGAACAGCUUUUAAGGGUGAUGGCCAGCAAAGUUUGCAUCAUUUCUGGGAAAUGGUAGCCUACAUUGCAAAUACUCUAAUUUUUAUCUUGAGUGGGGUUGUUAUUGCUGAAGGUGUACUGCACAAUGAUAACCACUUCGAAAGACAUGGUGCUUCAUGGGGCUACCUCAUUUUGCUUUAUGUUUUUGUUCAAUGCUCUCGAAUCAUAGUUGUUGGGCUGCUAUAUCCAUUUUUGCGGUACUUUGGCUACGGUUUGGACUGGAAAGAAGCAAUUAUUCUUAUGUGGUCAGGAUUGCGAGGGGCUGUGGCUCUGUCGCUAUCACUGUCUGUCAAACGUGCUAGCGAUAACUUGGACCAAACUCAUCUCAAACCAGAAGUUGGAACAUUGUUUGUAUUCUUCACUGGUGGGAUUGUUUUCCUGACGCUGACUAUCAAUGGAUCAACUACUCAGUUCUUCUUGCAUCUUCUUAAAAUGGAUAAACUCUCAGCGACAAAGAUUCGUAUAUUGAACUAUACGAGGUAUGAAAUGUUAAACAAGGCCUUGGAGGCAUUUGGCGAUCUUGGGGAUGAUGAGGAACUAGGGCCUGCUGAUUGGCCCACUGUGCUGAGAUAUAUCACUUGCUUAAGUAACUUGGAUGAAGGACAGGUACAUCCUCACACUGUUACUGAAAGUGAGUAUCAUCUGCAGUCUAUGAAUUUGAGAGACAUUCGGGUACGCCUUCUAAAUGGUGUGCAGGCUGCUUAUUGGGGAAUGCUUGAAGAGGGAAGGAUAAGCCAGACUACUGCGAUUCUUCUGAUGCGAUCUGUUGAUGAGGCUAUGGAUGUGGUAUCUAGUGAGCCUCUAUGUGAUUGGAAGGGUUUAAAGUCAAAUGUCCAUUUUCCAAGCUAUUAUAGAUUCCUCCAAAUGAGCAGACUCCCUCGAAGGCUGAUCACAUAUUUCACAGUAGAAAGGUUGGAGUCAGCAUGUUAUAUUUGCGCUGCAUUUCUUCGUGCUCACAGAAUAGCUACGAGGCAACUUCAUGAUUUUAUUGGUGACAGUGAAAUUGCUACUACUGUCAUUAAUGAAAGCAACGCUGAGGGGGAGGAAGCUAGAAAGUUCUUGGAAGAUGUUCGUGUCACAUUCCCUCAGGUUCUUCGUGCUGUGAAAACAAGACAAGUAACAUAUUCAAUAUUGAAACAUCUGAGUGAAUAUGUGCAAAAUCUUGAGAAGGUUGGAUUACUAGAACAAAAGGAGAUGUAUCAUCUAGAUGAUAUUGUGCAGACUGACUUAAAAAAGCUUCUAAGAAAUCCACCUUUGGUGAAAAUGCCAAAAAUAAGUGAUCUAUUAAGUGCACAUCCUUUAUUGGGUGCACUGCCUUCUGCAGUCCGUGAACCAAUUGAAGUAUCUACUAAAGAAAUAAUGAAAAUGCGUGGUGUGACCCUGUAUAAGGAGGGUUCCAGACCAAAUGGGAUGUGGCUCAUAUCAGUAGGAGUGGUUAAGUGGACAAGUAAGAGUCUGAGCAACAAACAUUCAUUACAUCCAACUUUUUCACAUGGAACCACCUUGGGCCUAUAUGAAGUGCUAACUGGAAAGCCUUAUAUUUGCGAUAUGAUCACUGACUCAGUAGUACAUUGUUUCUUCAUCGAAACUGAAAAGAUACUGUCCUUACUUGGAUCAGGCCCUGUUGUUGAAGAUUUUCUAUGGCAGGAAAGUGCUAUGGUGAUAGCCAAACUCUUACUUCCCCAGAUGUUUGAAAAAAUGACAAUGCAAGAGCUGAGAGGUCUUGUUGCUGAAAGAACAAAUAUGAACAUUUAUAUAAGAGGAGAGGUUAUAGAAAUAAGACACAAUUCCAUUGGCAUUUUGUUGGAAGGAUUUAUAAAGACCCAAGAUGGUCAACAAGACUUGAUUACACCUCCUGCAGCUUUGUUACCGUCACACAGUGAUCUAAGCUUUCUUGGUCUGGAAUCUUCAGGUUUGAACAACGUAAGCUUCUGUCACAUGGGUACCUGGUAUCAGGUUGAAACAAGAGCCAGGGUGAUCUUUUUCGACAUAGGUACAGUUGAGGCUGAAGGUGCUCUACAGAAGAGGUCUGCAUCGUGGGUCUCGCAAGCUGGCAUUGAACUUCCACGAAACCUAAGUAGAGAACAUGGAGGUUUGCUUAGCUGGCCUGAAAAUUUAUACAAAGGAAGAGGAUGUAAUCAGAGUCCUGAUGAAUCUGACAAGCAACCGAUUAGUUUGUCAGCCAAAGCAAUGGAGUUGAGCAUCUAUGGAAGCAUGGUGAAUAACAUGUAUAGGCACUACAGAAGCUUCAGGAGGACUUCUCGAGCUAAUCUUACGCGCAGCUUGUCAUACCCUAGAGUUCCACCAAGGACGGUCCAUGCUCGGCCUCUCCUCUCCAUCCAAUCUGAAGGAGGCAGCGUCAACCGGAGGCUGUGCUCAACGGACUCCAGCAAAUUGAAUUCAGUCACGCCACUGCCAGUCAGAAGAAGAAAAACAAAGGUUGUUGAAGGCAAUUCAAGUGAUGAAUCUGGGGGUGAAGAGGUUAUUGUGAGGAUUGAUUCUCCGAGUACACUUUCUUUCCAUCAGGCUUCAGGAGGUUUUUUACCUCCACAAUAAACAAUACUGCAAAAAUCUGCCACUGUGUUUGCGUGUAUUCUGAGGGUGAGUCUGGGCAUGGCGGUAAAAGUUGUUUCACUGUGAUUCAGAGGUCACGGAUUUGAAACACCGAAGCAGCUUUUUUCUAUACGGGAAAAAGGUUGCGUGCAUCUGACUGUAGAAGCUUUGUGCAUUAGGCCGUCCUUUUGUAUUAGGCCAUCUUUUGUAUCUUUAUGUAUUUUGCUAUAUCUAACCAAAAGAAUAUAAGUUUUAUAUUUAAUUUGGCUUUCCUAUUUUAUUUUACUGUUUACAUAAAAAUGGUAUCUCAUAUAUUCUCCCUAAUAUAAGAAUAAUGGGAGAUCAGAGAUCCAAAAGCAUGUCUAGACACCAAGUGGUUUGAUCUUUUAGUGGAUUGGGGAAGUAUCUUUAAUUCUCCUAA